AUGACAGGGACCUUCCUUCCUGCGAGAGUUGAGGAUAAGGAGAUGCAUGGUGUUCUGCUCUUCGUUCAAGACGACUCUCAGCCCAUGAAGAUCUUGCCUAUUGUCCCGCGAACCGGAGACGUGUGGAUAGCGAAGGAGAAACUGCCCGAUGUGGACGAGGAGCAGUUACCACCCUCAUUUAUCAGAAUCUUAUUCCGAGGGAAGUUCAAGGUGACGUGGGGGAAGCACACGGCUGCCAUUUUACGGGCAUUCGACAGGGUGCUGGCAGAAUUACCUCCCCUCUUUACAGACACUCUUGGACCAGAGCAGAAGCGCAAAGUUAUCAAGAUCUUUGACAAACUUCAGCCAAACCAGACUGAAGUGCUGAUUCGAAGUCUGGACACGCUUGGGCUGUACCAGACUGAAACGCUGAUACGAAGUCUGGGCACUCUUGGAUCAGAACAGAGACGCAAGUUAAUCGACAGCUUUGGUAAUGAAGACAAUGUCUCCCCUUUCUUCAUCAUGGCCUUGUUGCAAUUACGUCAUCGAUUUGUUUCACCUUUUCAGACCUAA